AUGGCGCCCACGCAGCACAAGGUCCUCGGCUCGUCACUCCUCCUCAUCCUGCUGCUCUCGGCCAGUGACCUCUAUGUGGGUCAUCGAACUUCGUCCAAGAUCACAGCGGCCGCCUGGGGCGUGCCACUUCUCGUGACCGCAACGACGCUUGCUGCUGUGUACGCGACACACCGCCCACGCCCGCACGUCGCCAUGCUGAUUGGCGGGCUCUGCCUGGUGCAGCUGGGGCUCGUCGCGGUGACCCUCGUAGCCGCCAUGCUUCGUCUCGGCGCGACGUUGUGCUGCUGCGGCUCGAUGCUCUGUCCAGACGACGGCACGCUGCAACUCGAAGGGUGUGCGACGGCUGCCGACAACUGCGCCACGAGUCCGUUGCGCAAAGCGUGUGGAGUGUACGCGCUCGUGCGUAGCCUGUAUCUGACGAUGUGGGUGGCCACGCUGCAGUACGAAGCGGCGAAGGCGCACCUCGCUGUGCAAGACAGCUACGCAGCGUACGUUGCUCUCUAUCAACGCUCGGACCCGAGUCUCUUUGGGGCCCGCGCCGACGUGGCGCUGAGCAUGUCCCACUGAACAUCAAAUUAAGGUGGGCAGCAAACGUAAU